AUGCAAGUGUUAAAUCCAAAGGCAGCUGUGUGGGUUAGUGAAAGGUCUCCACACCAUUUCUGUCGAGCUUUCUUUGACACAUCUACUAAGUCCGACAUGUUCUUGAACAAUUUGUGUGAGUCCUUCAAUUCUUCAAUCUUGAAUGCUAGAGACAAACACAUUAUGACCAUGGUGGAGUGUUUAAGAAUAUAUCUUAUGAAAAGAAUGCAACGUAAUAGGGAUAAGAUGAGGAACAAUCCUAUGAAGAUUUGUCCAAAGAUUGUAAAAAGCAUUGAACAAAACAAGGAGAAAAUAGGUGGCUACAUUUCUUAUAAGUCAAAUGACGAAUGGUGGCAGGUUGAGGAUGAUGAUUUGAAGUUGUUUUGGGUGCACUUAACCACUUGUUCUUGUUCAUGUAGAAGAUGGGACUUGACAGGCAUUCCUUGUGUACAUGCAAUUUCUGCAAUUUCAGAAAAUGGUCAAGAUCCUAUAGAGUAUACAAAUUGGUUUUAUUCAGUGGAGGCUUAUUUGAAGAGUUAUGAACCAGCUAUUCUGCCCAUCUCAUCUUCAGAUCAAUGGAUAAAAACAGGAGCACCACCACCCUUGCCUCCCAAAUAUAAGCCCCAGCCUGGAAGACCUAAAAAGUUAAGAAGGAAAGAUCCUAUUGAGAAGGAACAUGUGCCGACUAAACUUGGAAGGAUAGGAGAAAAGAAAAAGUGUGGACUUUGUGGCCAACAUGGACACAACAAGAGAAGAUGCAAGGCAUCCAAAGAGAAUACAACUAUAUCUACUGUUGAAGGGUUUAACCAGCAGCAGCAACAAGAACAGGCUAUAAGGACAUCUCAAGCUGCCCCACUUGAUACUCGGAGCACAGAAAAAGCAAGUACAUCAACUACAAAGAAAAGUAGGAAACAACUCCACCCCAAGCAAAAACUGAGAAAGAAGUAG